AUGGAUUCAAAAUAUCAGCAGAUCGAACUUCACGAUGAGAAAUUUCAAGAUGUUUUCCCUCCAAAUCGGACGUCGAGUUCGCUUUCCGAAUCGACUUUACUAGAGGAUGAGAUGGAUCAGAUGGGGGUACAGCCAAAGAGAUGGACUGAGAGGUGGAUGUGGAUGGUGCAUGCGGCGUUGCUUUCACUAUCGUUCACACUGUUUGUUUCGUCUUAUUUCACAAGGGCGUCGACGUUGGACUAUAUGCGAAGAUAUGAGGCUUACUCCCCUGCGGCGAAAGCCGUGGAAUAUCAGAGGGUUAAAUUCAAUGGAACGAUGGGAGAGGGGUCACCAUACGUUGGCAAGGGACCAGAAGUCGACAAGCAUUGGAAUGCGCUUUCAUACGACGUCGGCGACCAAAUGAUCACCCCCGAGGAGCUGAAGAUACUCGAAAUGCCAGAGUCAUCACUCAAAGUCAAAAACCCAAAGACAGGCGUCGAAGGCUAUCGAGUCGGCCUCCAAGUAUUCCACCAUCUUCACUGCCUCAAUCUUCUACGCCAAGUCACUUAUAAAGACUGGUAUCAGGAUAAGAGUGGUAACUUUGCCGCCGGUGAAGAGGAACUGCAAAUGCACACUGAUCACUGCCUCGAGAUGCUCCGGAAAGAAAUUCAGUGCAACGCAGACAUUGGCGUCUUUACCUUCUACAUGAUGGACGGAGACCCAUUGCCCUGGCCAGAACUGGAGUCGUAUCACCAGUGCCGGAACUUCGACAAGGUGCGGGAUUGGGCUUUGGAAAAUUCGGUUGGGAAUAUGGAGCGUGGGGAUAUAAAUCCCGAUCCUGAGAGAUUGUAG